CAGAGGGCAAUAGACGUCCGCGCACGGUGCUUGCGCAUGCAUUCCGUUUUCCAGCGCGCCGAGGCCCGCGCAUGCGCACAGCCUCACUGCCGGUGGAGCGGGUGCCCCGCGCUUCUAAGCUCAGCGCUCUCUGGUGACCUAAGGGACUCAACCGUCGGCGAUGUCCGAGCUGCCGGGAGAGAGCAGGGUCCCCAACCUGAGCCCCAUGAAUGGCAUCGGCGACGUCCUGCAGGGGGGAAUGGGCGGAGGCAGUUGGAUCCCCGAGGCCCAGGAAGGCCCGCUGGCCGGAGCCGCCAGGCCCAUGGUGCGAGCCCCGGGCCCGUUUCCCAGGCGACUCCCCGGCAUGGCGGGCCUGAUGGCCAUGCCGCACGUCCACCCGCCGCUCCGCCUUCUGGAGCUGCACGAGCAGCGGAUGUUCCAACACUACCUGCACACCAACCCCCUGAUCCCCACCAGGCUGCUCCGCGACAUCGAGGAGCGCCGCCGGCUGUUCGUGGAGGGCUGCAAGGCCAGGGAGGCGGCCUUCGACGCCAACCCCCCGCAGAUGGACUCGGACGCCCGCGCCUUCACGCUGGCGCUCACCGCCUCCGACGCCCGCGGCCCCACCGCCGACUGAGUGGUGGCCUGUAACCCCAGCCCUCAGGAGGGAGGAGGCUGGAGGAUCGGGAGUUC